AUGAGUGGCACCCACUACCUUACUGAAAGUCUUGCUAUAGUUAUUGUAGAUGACUUAAAAAACGUAAUGUCAAUAAUGAAAACUAAACCAAUUUAUGGUGUAGCGAAAAACUUUCUUCUUAAAUUAGAGGAAGGAUUAGAAAUUUACUUCCCUCGACAUGUUAUAGAAGAUAAUAUGCUACUAGGUUUAUGCACAUUUCUGGAUCCCCGGUUUAAGAUUCAUGCAUUCCUUGAUAAUGCAUCUGCUGAAGUGGAGCCUACUUUAGAGACGACGAGAAUUUCUGAACGUACGGCAACACCAAAUCAGGCAAUGACAAGGUUGGCGGGGAUUCCCCAUGUGAUAUUUUACUAUUCCAUCCGUUCUGACAAGAAGGAUUUA